UUAAUAUUUUUAAUAUACAUAAACAAAUAUAACAAUCGGAUAUCAACGACAGAAAAUGUAUCAAAGAAAAUAUAUCAGAUUACAGAAUAUGAUGACACGAAUGGACAAAAAUAUAUCGUUUGAUAUCGAUUGAUCGGCUAAAAUGGGCUAAACGAAUUUCGAUAAAAAAGAAUUCUGCUACAAAUGUGGCAGGACCUCGACUACUAUUAUGUAUCUAGUAGUCUGCCCACGUAGUGGUCUCCCUACAAAAAUUCGAAUGUUCGCGUGCUCGUUCGGCAGCUAAAGCCCUAAAGGCCAGAGAAGGACAAGAGGAGCCACGUGACCGGGCGCGUGUUCAACAGUAACAGCUGCACCGAUGCACUCCUCUCAAUUCACGUCGAACCUCCAUCGAGAUAGCAUUGCGACGGUCAACCAAAGCUUUGAUCGUGCGGAAAUAUUUUAUAUCGAAUACCGAGUGCCGUAAAAUCCAUUUUAAUUACAUCUAAUUAAUUCAAACAUCUUAAAUUAUAUCGCUUUUUAUCUCUAAAUUGUGACUAGAGCGAAAAACAUUAUCUUUAUUUGAAUACUGAUCGCGAAAGAAGUUAUGAACAUAACAUAAUUUUCGAGAAAAAAAGAAGUGGAAGUUUCUGAUUAAAGUGCAAAAUCGAAGCAUUGAAAAGAAAAAAAGAAUACAAAAAAAUAAUGGAUAAUCGCAAGAAAUUAAUCUUAAAUCGAUUUACAAUGUUGAUGCUUGUCAUCGUAUACACGUUGGCUGUAAUUAUUAAGGCGGUCGAGGGCAGGCCUCACAUCAGGCACCAUCGGGACGGCUCGCACUGCAGCAGAUGCGGUCCAGGCUGGGGCGUGAUUAGCCGUUGCGCUCGCGGCCGCGACACCGAGUGCGGGAGAUGCCGUGCCGGCACGUACAGCCCGCAUCACAGCACGCAGCCCUGCUGGAACUGCGCCAGAUGCGGCCCGGGUUUGUACGAGGCGCAUCCGUGCACCUCGCGCUCCGACACCGUCUGCGAUUCCUGUCACCGUCCCGCGCCGGACAAUCCGGAUUACCGGCGUAAAUGCGAGGGUCGCGCCAAGUUUUUCCUCGCGCCGGAGGACGCGCGGAACACCGCCGAGGAAAGCGUGCUGGUCAACGAGCCAGCCUAUCGAUUUCAGUUGUACGACAGAGAGCGGAUACUCGAGAAGGACGUGGAGGCCAUCCUGAGGGAUAAAUCGACCGCUCGAUCGGAGGAUCUACAGAGGACCUAAUCAUCCU